UGUCCUCUCACACCUACCGACUAAGCUGACAGAUGGGCGGUGGCGGUGACGGCAGCGAGAGCUCGAGCGGUGGCGGCUUUCCUGGCUGGAGUUGUUCCUCCUCCCUCGCCGGAAGUAGCCGUGGUGCCGCCAUCCUCGUGGCGGACAGUAUGGCAGGCGGGCAGCGAGGAGAGCGUGGCACUGGCCAGCCGCGCUGUCGCCGCAGCGAUGGCAGGUCUCCAGCGCCCGCUGUGGCAUGGCCUCGCAUCCGGGACUUGCGUAUGUUUCCUCAAGAGGUGUGGCAGCGGGGCGAGCCGGAGAUGCGACCGGAGUGCGGGCGGGUUGUCAUCGCUCGUACUGCUGGCAUGGUGGCGCUCGAGCGAGAUUUCUAUGGCCGUGUCCUGUACGCCACCAUCAUUGGACAGCCGCGGAGCGUGGUGAUGCCGGAGGCACUAGCGGCGGCGAUGGAGUCUCACUGUGUUGUCCGACGGAAGACAACCAAGCAGGAUUUCUUUUCAACGCUGGUCAAGCUUCUCGCGUGGCAAGCCGGGAAGCUCGAGUACAAGACGUUGCUGAGUUUGGAGAGGCUGCUGGAGGAGGCUUGGGAUGCACACACCGUCAACCUGGUGCUCGCCGGUGUCGACGGCGAGCUCAUUGACAUGCUCCCGGCCACCGACAAGUGGGUGUUGCCGGUCACCGCGUGGCUGCGCAACCCUUCUGGGGUGCCAAAGGUGCUCACCGUGUCUGUUCCUACACCUCCUACGGGGUCAUGGAAGCCAGACUCCAACGACGAGAACGCACAUUCACCGCCGGCUCCAAAUUCUCCCACAGAGCGUGCAACCGUAGAUUUUCCAGUGAUUAUGCAUGUCAAAGAGGUCGUCGAUCGUGGCCCAUUGCUAACUGAAGGCUUGGCUGUAGAACUUCUCCCCGAUGAAGAUGAAGACAUUACCUGGAAGCAUACUUUCACCACCUGGUGCGGCAAGAUAGAUGGCACUGGCCCUGGACAAUAUGGCAAAGCUUAAGCGACGAUCAGUAGAGUUUGGUGUUUUCAUUUGAAUUUGUUGGUCUGUAAUGUUGAAUGUGAACUUGUCGUGUCGUGUUGUAAGUUUGUUACUGUUAGUUUGAUGUUGUAAUCCUGAAUGUUGUCUGUUACAACUGUUGUCACUUAUGUGAAUUUGCUGAUUUU